GAUAUACAUUUAAUUGGUUCAGUCGUUGCUGACGUUCUUCAAUUCAGAUGUUGUAGCAUUGUGUGUCUCAUUUGGUAGCUUUUACAUGUUGGAAUACUUACCGCUUCAUGUAGAGAGUGUCGAACAGUAUUGCGAAAUGGCUGUGCAGCCAAAUAAGUAUGAAGAAGUAGGAGAAAUUGGUACAGGGGCUUAUGGUACUGUUUACAAAGCUAGGGAUUUGUUGAAUAACAAUCGAUACGUUGCUCUUAAAAGAACAUUGAUCACCAACACCUCUGAAGAAGGACUUCCAGUUUCAACAUUGCGUGAGAUAGGCUUGUUGAAACAGGUAAACAAAAUUGGACAUAGAAAUAUAGUCAGUCUUUUGGAUGUCUUUCAUUCGCCCCACAGUGCAUCUAAAAAAGAAAUUUGGCUGACGUUGGUUUUCGAGCAUGUAGAACAAGACUUGACGAGCUAUCUUGAAAAAUGUCCUUCACCGGGAAUUUCUUCUUUCACCAUCAAGAGCAUUGUUCAUCAAAUACUUAAAGGGAUUGAUUUCCUUCACACGCACCGUGUCGUUCAUCGAGAUUUGAAACCACAAAACAUUCUCAUUACAAAUGAUGGCUGUGUAAAGGUUGCGGACUUUGGACUUGCUCGUAUUUAUGGGUUUUCGAAGCUACUAACAUCUGUUGUUGUUACAUUGUGGUAUCGUUCACCUGAAGUUCUUCUGCGUUCUGAUUACGCUACGCCGGUUGAUAUAUGGAGUGUAGGAUGCAUUUUUGCCGAACUAUUCAAUCGUCGACCGUUAUUUGAAGGCAGAAACGAAUGUGAUCAACUCCACAAGAUAUUUUGGAUAAUUGGCUCCCCUCCUGAAGAUGAAUGGCCGGACUAUUGCUCUUUACCAUGGGGUCAAUUUAUGGGUUAUAUCCAUGUUCCAUUGAAGAGACUUAUACCUGAGAUAUGCGACUUAGGCGAGGAUUUAUUGAAGAAAUUGAUAACGUACAACCCGCACCAAAGGAUAAGCGCACGGGCGGCAUUAGAUCAUCCUUAUUUUAAAGAACUUCGUGACUCAAAUGAAAACAAAGAAAACUAUGACGCAAAGAAUAUAGCAACGUCAGCUCAUAACGUUAAGCAAAAGCAAGAUGAUGACGUCACUAUCGUUGCCCUUAAAGAUUCAACCAACGAUGAUCCAUUAAAAAGAUUGAAAUAUUCACAUGACCAAGAUCCUGUGGGAGAUUUUAAGUAAUCUCAGUGAGCUUUCAUACCCGUACCAUUGAGGUUCAUAUGUGUAGGUUGAUGAACCAACUUGUACUAUAAGGUAGUUGAACCACUUGUUUUAUCACUAAAAUGACAUCAGGUUUGCAAUAGAAAGCAUGUAAUAUAUAACGGUGGGAUGGAUGAUGAGGAAUCAUUUAGUACAUGCCAAAAACUGACAAUGAUACCAACAUUCCAAAAGUUUUCAAGUCAUCAUUCCUACCGUGCUAUCCUUCAUUUAUUACAUUAAAUUGUAAAUAACCAACUAACAAGAUGUUUCUUAAAGAAACACGUGUUCUCCGGACGACGAGAACAUUUCUUGGAAAUUUCUGUCAAUAAUUAACAUGAUCUGUUUCGUCCAUAACAUAGAUAUAGCACUUGCUCACUAAUUUGACAGUAAGAAUUUUUAAUCUUUUGCAUCAAAAGUCGGUCGUACAAUAAAGAGAUAUUUUUGAGCAUAAAAGCGUAUCCCACGCAACAUUAAACAAAAAUCCUUUACAUAAAUGUUUUACAGAAAAUAUGUUAGCUUCACAAGCAUUUUAAUUUAUUAUACUUUUUACCGACGUGUACAUAAAUAUCUCAACAUGUAUCCUUUGAUAAUAAAAUUAAUUUUCAAUUUUUUAA